AUGUCGGGACUUGAAGUCGUCGGGGUCGCAGCAAGCCUCCUUCAGCUCGCAGACCUCGGGGCAAAGAUAUCAGUCAAGCUCUUUGGCUUCUAUCGCCACGCCAAGAACAUCAACCAGUCCAUGCAAAGUCUCUCUAGCGAAGUUGCGCUGACCUGCGCUAUUCUGCGUGAGCUUGGAGAAGUUUUGAGCCAAGAUGGAUCAUCAAAGCUUUGCUCCAAGGAGGCAUUUCGGACUGCGCAGCAAGUCCUCAACGAAUGCCAAAAAGUACUUCUGCAAUUACGAAAAAUGACAGAGAAUGCCAAUGAGCCCACAACAUCGCGUAUGCGUCGAGCUACGGGGACCAUCAAGAAUGUCUUUCUUGAGCCAAACGUCGAUCCCUUGAAAGAAAAUCUAGAGAGGCUCAAGUCGACAAUGCUUCUCCUCCUCAACGUGAUAAUGUACGCGGCAGAAGUACGCCAACAUACCUUCCCAACAAAACUGCAAGAUCAGCGUACUGUGAUAGAAGGUCUUCUUGAAGAAAGGGUCAACCAUGGCCAAGAGGCAAACCACACUCGCAGGAUCUACAAAGCAGAGGCGAAGAACGACGACGAUGGCCAUUUCUCUGCUACAGUCAGCCAAGGUGUAUCCAGUCAAAAGGUUCGUGGAAAAGUCAAUCGCGAUGGACAAGAUGAGCUUCAGGUGUACGACCAGCUCAUCCGACAAAUGCUCUUUGAAGUCGAUAUAUGUAAAGAAGAACUAGAAAGGGACCGUGGUUUGAGAAUCCGAGAUGGUGUCUUGAGUAUACAUGCCAGCGAAGUAGUUCGCUAUCAGUUGACACACGGUCCCUCUGUCAUUCAGAGACUCGACGUCUCAGGGUUUCAGAAUCAAACCAAAGAUAAACAUGCAUUUCCCAAUGCCGAGACUCAGACUUCGGAGAUGCGACGCAAAUCUGAGAGCCUCCAAUAUUCUCAUUCCACAACAUCCGCAGGAACCGGGUCGACCGCUCGGCCUUCAAUGUCCAAGCCUGUGUCUAACUCUAUGCGCUUUCAGUUCGAUGACAUGGACACAGAUGAGGCUAAUGAAACAGGAUCGACCGACUCCGAAGACACCAACAAAGUGGCUGAAAUUAGAUCUCCCGCUAGUGAUGAUUCCUUGAUGUCUAACGAUACAGGGCAGACAAAAUAUCCAGAUCGCUUGGCAGACGAAAUUCUUGGAAAAUGUGCCGAAGAAGAUGCGAAACGAGCUUCUCAACGGCCUCAGACAAAGGGUUGGAGGACUUGGGGCUUUUUUAGCUCUGGACACAAAGACACUAAAAACAAGCCCGUACGCGCCGCAUUGGGCGAGGAGAAUUCAUUCUUCUAUGAUACAAAGUUGAAAAGAUGGGUCAAGAGAAAUUUUCAGCACAGCUCCACUGUCAAAUACACGGACUUGCCCGUUCAUGAAGACUUGAUCAGCGAUUUGAUAGGGCCCAACCCAUCACGUAAAGAAAGGGGGCAAAAGAGCGUAAGACGCAAUAACAAGAGCCGCUAUGUCGAUUAUCUCUCCGAUAUUCAAACCAGCGAUAUACAUUCAACCUCAAUCACAGCUCCUUCCGUACCUUCGACUAGUCAUGAUAGCGUCCAUUCUGGGCCCAGCAGCGUACCUGCGAUGGACUCGUUCGGGAUUACUGGUCAGCAUGUAGCAGAAGGCACGACUCUCCAAGACCCGCCACCAACUAGGGGCUCAUACCCGUCGAAUACGGACAUUCCUGUUGGAAUUACUACUCCAACAAUUUUAUCCGAUGGCAAGGUCAAUGAACUAGACGCCUGGUCUGACAAUGAGUUUGACAAAACACCCCCGCCUUCGGACCUGGACGAUUGGUCAUUCGAAGAUUUCUCCGCAUUGGAUAGCGGCAUGGCUCUCCCGACCAAGUUUGCGACUCUAGUAUCGCAUUGGACAACUUUGAGGACAGACGAGGUCAGAUAG